AACAAAGACAGCCUUCAGGGUAGUUGGCGCAGUGGUUUCAGAGCGCUGAAAAGUACUUGAGAACAAUUGGGAUUGAGAUCAACAGCUGUCAGAGUGGACUUUACAGACAUCUGCGGUCUUAAUUGACCUCUUUUAAAAUGCAAACCUCCCCGAAUGGCUUUGUUCACUCGUGUGGAUUUAUGCCCUGCUGUCAGUGGUAGUACCAAGUCGUUUCUCUGUCUCAGUUUGUCCUCCAAAGGAAGCCUCCAGGAGACUACAGGAUGAAAUGGACAGUCUUGCUGUUAGAAUACUUCUUGGUCAAAGUUCUGUUGCUGUUGUGCAGCGCGGUCGGGGAAGCGCAGCAGCAGCAGCUCGAGGGCUUUAUAAUGCUCUCAGGAUCCAAUGGGUCCCGGGAUGAGGAGAGCGUUUCUGAACCUCCACAUACUGAAGACAAAUGUCGAGGUUACUAUGAUGUCAUGGGACAGUGGGACCCGCCGUUCGUUUGCCAAACUGGCAAUUAUUUAUUCUGUUGCGGCACUUGUGGCUUCAGAUUUUGCUGCGCUUAUAAAAACUCACGUUUAGAUCAGAGCACCUGCAAAAAUUACGAUACACCAGUAUGGCUAACAGGACAGCCACCCUAUAAGAAAACCCUAGACCCUAGACACGAUCCAACCAAGGAUAAAACAAACUUGAUUGUGUAUAUAAUAUGUGGAGUAGUGGCAAUCAUGGCACUGGUCGGGAUAUUUACCAAACUUGGACUAGAAAAGGCUCACAGACCUCACAGAGAAAGCAUGUCUCGAGCUGUUGCGAGCGUAAUGCAAGGCGCCCAUCAGGGUCAGCACGAGGAGGCCAUCGGAAUGCACACACAGCAUUAUGACACUGUGCAGGCGAGAGCAAACAACAUGCAAGGCGGCCAGAUAAACAACAUGAUGCAAACACACCCGUAUCCAGCCCUCAGCCAGCUGUCCCAUGUCUAUGAGCAACAGCAAUCGGCAAAAGCGCUCAACAAAUAUGCCUCACUGAAGGCUGUGGCAGCCAAAGCCAAUGGUGAUUUCCUCAACAAGCAACACCGCCACUUGGUCGAGUUGGCAGCUAAGGGAAGCCUGCCACUUCAUCCAGUCAGAAUGGAGCACGUGGAGCCCACAGCUUCCUACGUCACAGAGGUCCCGUGCCUCAAGCAAAAUGGACAGAAGCCCAAGAGCAUUAAACCCAAUGUGGCCCAUCCCGCAAUGGCCUACAGCUCCAAUACCAUCGCAAACCCCGGCAUGCUGAGGAGCUGGGAGGCUGCAGAGACUGCGGGCCGACGCAAAACCUACGGCCCUAGGAAGAUGUGCACGGUGGAGCAGGUUAAUGAGCUACACACUGCCCGCAGUCAUCAUUACCUUCCCACGCAACCCUACUUUGUAACCAACAGUAAGACAGAGGUGACUGUGUAAGAGGCUGAAUACGUUUCGAAACAAGCGGCAGAGAGCCAAAAGUGAUUAUCGUCAUGAAAGGACUCUCCACACGCUGCCCCUAGUGGACUGGAGGCACAACAGGGGUGAGCAUGUCAUGUCAGCUGACAGUCAGGCCACUAUUUAUAUCCACUGUAACAAUGAUGUGUUUGUGUUCCGUCAAUGAAAAGGUAAAAGGAAACAGAUGUAAAGAAUUGGCACAUGAAAAGUUUCAGAUCAAUAGCAAUAAGAUCUAAUAAACGUGUACGAAAGAGACGGUUAUGGAGAGAUGAGACAUUACAGAAAUGAAACAUACUGCAUUAUCGAUCCCAGAUAUUAAAGGGCUGGCGUGGAGUAUGAAACAGGUGGUUGAUGCUCUUAUCUGAAAUAAUAUUCAGAAAUUUUGUCAGAUGUGCUAUUGAUUUGAUGAGGACAGCGUAAAAGACACUGGGUCUGAGGCUGUGCCUUUCGUUUUGUCAUUAUAAAGCACCUCGGUCAAGUAACUAAACAACUGAUGCUUAAAAUCUGGAGUAUUAGCAGCGGUGGUCACGUACUGAAUAUUUCAUGCGAAGGUAGCAUUGCCAUGCCAUGAGCAACACUGUUAAAGAACAUGGAAGCUUGGGCACAACUUGUGUCUUUGGAAAUACAUGUUUGGUCUCUUUUUGCGUACAUCCAGCAUUACUUUUUUACGUGUACUCUAAAACGCAUAUGAGCAUGAUGAAAUAUUUGUCAAAAUGUCAUCAGUAGGUGUAUCUGCUGCCACAUGUACUGUAAGGUUUUUUGCACUUUUACAAAUGUGUCGUGCGGAAGGUACAUUUUAUUUAUUUCCCCCCCAAACAGAUGUGACUUAUGAUGAAAAAAGACCAUAAAGUAGGCUAUAUUUAUACCAUUGCCAGUAUAUGUAUGCAAAUUAUACAGUACAUUGUGCCAAGAAGUAGCUGGUUGAAGUUGUUGUGUUCAGCAUUAUUUAUUUAAAUAUAUUUCUUUAUUUUCUGUAUUUGAGAGAAAAUGUUUCUGUUGCAACAUCAUUAUCUAAUGGAGU